ACUUUUAGGUAAUGGCCAUGAUUUUCACACGGAAAUCGCUGAAGCUGCUCAACUAUCGCCUCAAAUGCCUAAGUUUGUCCUGCCCAGGAGGAAGGAGAGGAAUCCAAAGCAGUUCCAACGGAGAAGCGCCCUCCGUGGAAGUCAACUUCAGCAAUGGACGUAACAUGACCUUCAGUUCCGGCCGCCUGGCGAGAUUUGCGAAUGGAACAGCUGUGUGCCAAAUGGGCGAUACCGCCGUCAUGGUCACCGCGGUGGCCAAGGCGAAGCCAAAUCCCGGCCAGGGAUUCAUGCCUCUGGUGGUUGACUACCGACUGAAAAACGCCGCCUCUGGCAGAAUACCCAUGAACUUUAUGCGCCGCGAACUGGGCCCCUCGGAAAAAGAGAUCCUGUCCGCCCGCCUUAUCGACCGUUCGCUACGCCCGCUCUUCCACAAAGAUUAUCGCACGGAGACACAGCUGGUGUGCAACAUGUUGGCUAUGGACGCGGUGCACAGUCCGGAUGUGCUUGCAAUCAAUGCCGCUUCCAUGGCGCUAUCUCUAAGUGACAUUCCCUGGAAUGGACCCAUUGGAGCUGUGCGCGUUGGCCUCUGCGACGGCGAGGUGCUGAUCAACCCCACGCGCCGGGAGCUGCAGACUUCGCAACUGGAUUUGGUAGUCUCCGCCACCAAACAAAACCUCGUCGUUAUGUUGGAGGGCAAGGGGAAUGUGGUUCUUCAGCAGGACCUUCUAAAGGCUAUCAAACAAGGGACUCGUGAGGCCCAAUUCAUUAUCCACGAGAUCGAGCGACUGCAGAAGGCCUAUGGUCGACAGAAGCGCGAAGUGGAAGUGGCUGCCGAAGUAGAUCCCGAACUGGGGAAAGCCGUUCGUAGCAUGUGCGAAAUGCGGCUGAGAGAGAUCUUCCAGGAUUCGACGCACGACAAGAUGUCUCGUGACAAUGCGGUUAACGAGGUGCGCUCCAACGUUAUUGACAAGGUGUGGAGUUCGUUUCCGGAUACCGAACCGUCGCUUAUUACCGAGCAGUUCAACCAGACCAGUAGAACCAUUUUUCGCGAACUGAUCUUUGAGCGGGGUCUGCGUUGCGAUGGACGAGAUUACGACCAGCUGAGGAACAUCUCCUGCCAGGUGGACAUGUACAAGCCUCUCCACGGAUCCGCCCUAUUCCAGCGCGGUCAGACGCAGGUCUUCUGCACGGUUAGCUUGGACUCGCAGGAAAGCGCAAUGAAACUUGACUCGUUGGCUGCUUUAGAUAGCGGUGGCCUGAAGGCCAAGAACUUUAUGCUGCACUAUGAGUUCCCGCCCUAUGCCACGGGUGAAGUGGGUCGGAUUGGUCCAGUGGGUCGCCGGGAAAUGGGCCACGGAGCCUUGGCGGAGAGAUCGUUGCUUCCCACCCUGCCGAAUGAUUAUCCCUUUACCGUAAGACUCACCUCUGAAGUCCUGGAAUCCAAUGGGAGCAGUAGCAUGGCCAGCGUUUGCGGUGGCUCCUUGGCCCUUAUGGACGCCGGCGUUCCAGUGAGCGCACCUGCGGCAGGUGUGGCCAUUGGCCUGGUCACAAAGUUCGAGAACGACGACACUAAGCACCUGCAGGACUACCGCAUUCUCACCGACAUCCUGGGCAUCGAAGAUUACAUGGGCGACAUGGACAUGAAGGUGGCUGGCACGAGAAAAGGCUUCACCGCCAUCCAGGCGGACCUCAAGAUCCCGGGAAUUCCUCUUAAGGUUGUGAUGGAAUCGCUACAAAAGGCCACCGAUGCCAAAUCUAAUAUUCUGGACAUCAUGAGUGAGGCUAUUAGGGAACCUCGAAAAUACCCCAAGGAGAGCUGGCCAGUGAGUGAAACCCUAACUGUAGAGCCGCAACAGAGGGCGCAGUUAAUUGGUCCCAGCGGCCUUCACAUGAAGCGGAUUUACUUGGAAACGGGCACCUCCCUAACAGCAGUCGAUGAGACCCAUUUCAAUGUUUUUGCUCCUUCGCAAGCAGCCAUGGAUGAGGCCAAGGAGCUGAUCGAGGGCUACAUGGUGAAGGAACGAGUGCCGGACCUGGAGUUCGGCGGAAUCUACACUGCCAAAAUCACCGAAUUGCGAGACACCGGAGUAAUGGUCAUCCUCUAUCCCAGUAUGCCACCCGCUUUGCUGCACAACUCGCAGCUGGAUCAGCGCAAGAUAGCCCAUCCCUCUGCCCUAAACCUGGAAGUGGGUCAGGAGAUCCAGGUCAAGUACUUUGGCCGCGAUCCCGUCUCCGGCUUUAUGCGUCUUUCGCGAAAGGUUCUCCAAGGGCCCGCCCUGGGAAUCCCCCGUUCGCUCAACAAAUCUGCCGGAGAGAGCGGAACGUGAGUUCCAAGAUGCAAAUUAACUUGUACAGUGAGCUUUCCUUAUGUUUCGUCUGCGAAAAGACGCCUUCAAAACUUGAAAUUUUAUUGUAGGCUAAAAAAUGUUGUCCUUAAAAGUUGUACGUAUAUAAAAUAUUGGAUGAAGAUUCACCUAUUUGACCGUCAGCUGUAUAAAUAAAUUGUUAUUGCUCGAUUCAACCCCGAGAUGCUAUUUAUAAAACAAUUUUUAAGAAUUUUCUCUGAAAAUAUUAGCCUCUACUUAACUUUAAUUUCGAAGUGCAAGAAAGUUCGGAUACUUAAUCUUGUUUAAACAUAAUUAUACAAAUUCAAAAAGAAUCAUUUUAGUUUCCAACUAUUCUUUUGACUUAGGAGCGAACAGCUUUAGUAUGGAUUUAACUUUAAACCAAGUUAUAAUAAAAUAUGUGUUUAUGAAUGAGAGCUUCCACUAGAAAGGCAUUCAAUAAAUUGGCAGAAUAGAAAUAAGUUCUCAACCAUUUG